AUGAGCCAGAAUCCCGCUGCGCAGGCCGGUGACAGGGUGCCGAACAUGUUGAACGCGCGCCGUGGCGAGACGUCCGACGACUACGCGCGACACAAGGCGGCCGCCAGCCGAGCGUUCCUGGAGAACCACUACCAAAGCCUGCUCGCGAACACACGCAACGGCGUCGGCCGCGCGGUCGGCCCGCGGCAGAAGGAGCCGUCCUUCUCCGACUUCCAUCUUUUCAAGUGCAUCGGCCGCGGCGCCUUUGGUGAGGUGUUUGUGUGCAAGUACAAGAGUGACAAGACCGACACCCUCUACGCCCUCAAGCGGCUGCGCAAGUCGGACAUGAUCACGAAGAAGCAAGUCAUCCACGUCCGCUCGGAAAAGGACGUCCUGGCGGAGGCGGCGGCGUCGAAUCCGUGGGUAGUGCACUUGUACCGCAGCUUCCAGGACGCUCUUUACCUCUACAUGGUGAUGGAGUACAUGCCAGGUGGUGACAUGAUUUCAUGGUUGUGCGACAAGGGCAUCUUUGACGUGGAGAGCACGCGCUUUUACAUUGCCGAGCUCUGCGCUGCCGUGGCGAGCGUGCACGACAUGGGUUUUGUGCACCGCGACAUCAAGCCGGACAACAUUCUCUUUGGGGAAUCGGGACACAUCAAGCUGAGCGACUUCGGUCUCUCCAAGCGCUUCGUGGAGAAGCGCGGCAACCUGCUCGACUACGGCGGCCCGCCUUCCUCGUCGAACAGCGCCGAGGCAUCGACGGAUGAGCAGAACGCCUACGCGUCAAGGACAGACGCGCCGCCAGGGUCGCUCUCUGGAGACGCCCCUGCCACCGGCAUCGCACACGACCGUGCUCGCGAGAUGUUCCAGUCCAUCGUGGGCAGCCCCGGCUACAUCGCGCCGGAGAUCCUGCUGCGCAAGCCGUACGGUGUCGGCUGUGACUGGUGGUCGGUCGGCGUCAUCAUGUACGAGAUGCUGUACGGCAUCCCGCCCUUCUUCUCGCAGAACCCCAACUCAACGUGCCACAAGAUCAAAAACUGGCGGGAGCACCUCGUCUUCCCUCCGCAACGCCACAUUCCUGAUGACGCGGUGGACUUCAUGAAGCGCCUGAUCUGCGAGCCGGAGAAGCGCAUGACGUACGACGAGAUAUGCCAUCACGACUUCCUCAAGCCGAUGGACAUGAACGGGCUGCUCAAGCUGCAGGCGCCGUAUGUACCGGCCCUCUCCAACCGCCUGGACACCAAGUACUUCCCUGAGAUCAAGGAGCCGAGCGCGCCGAUGCAGCUGAGCGAGGAGCAGAAAGUGCGCGAGGUGGACCCCCGCGGCGUCAUGUUUGCCGACUUCCGCUUCAACUACAGCGGCGACCAAGCCGGCCCAGCAAGCGCGUAA